GCUGCAGGCGGAAGUCGAAGGCGCGCGGGGAUUCCCCGAGGGAAGUUCCAGCUCAUUGUAAAAGAUACAAAAUGUUCGGUUGUACGAAAUAGUUCAUUUCCUCUCGUUGAACGCGUAGAUAUACGUGUAGCAGCGUCGCGAUGUCCAGACUGCGCUCAGCUUUAUGAGUCUGGACUGUUUCGGAGUGAAGCCGUCACUGACAGGUGCAGGGCUAAUCUCGCUCCUCUGAGUUAAAGAAGGGGUGUGUAAGUGUUUGUGUGUGCCUGGGACUAGGGCCCGGGACCGCCCUGUUCGGGAUGUUACUGAAGGCCCCGGAAUGGACAGGACCAUCAGUGAGCAGCUCAACAAAGCCUUCGAAGCGUACCGCAACGCGUCCAUCGAGAAAGAGUUGGCCAGAAAGGAGCUUCAGCACAAGACCGAGCAGUAUCAGCGACACACUCAGCAGCUGGAGAGACAGAUAGAGGAGCAGGCCAAGACCAUCUCGCAUCUUAAAACUGAGGUCAACUCCCUGCGUAAACAUGCAGCAGGGGAGGACUGUGGGCCUGCGCACAGAAAACAGGAAGCAGAAACCUUGUCACCAAGCGAUCAUCGCUCUGACCUCUCAUCCAGUUCCCACAGGACUAACCAUUUCCUGAUAAACGAAUCCUCCAGGAUGCUUCCGCAUACAAUAUCUGCUGCCUGCGAGAUGAAAAGUGAGAAUGCACUGGACACUUGGCAGGAACUCCAGGGGACUUUCCAGAGGAUUCAGACUUUAACCAGAAAGCAGAAAGAUCACCUGAAGCGAAUCCACAGAGGGAACGAGACCGCUAAUGAGCAGUUUUCCAUGCCCAUCCAGUGCACUGAAGACACAGCAGAACAGGCCGAGGCUCCUUUUUCCUCACCGCUGAGGUCAGAAGCCGUCGAUUCUUCGACCUCCACAUCCCUCGCGUCACGCGGCGCCGGUCCAGACGGACCCUUUUUUGAUUCCCUAAGAGGCCUGAGUGUGAAGUUUCCCCCGAGCACAGACGAUGAGUACGACUUCCUCAACAGUACGCCGGAUAAACGGGUGGACCUGCCCCUGCACAGGCCGGACCUGGGAGACAGCAUGCACACGAUGAGGGAGGAGUCUUAUCCCUCAUACACCGCACCCUCUUCAUCCGCUCACACAUCUGCAUCUUCUGCAUCACACGAAAAUGUACGAGGACCCCAACAGCUUUUCUCAAGACAUUAACUGAUGGACUGGAGUGCUGUGGAUUACUUGUGAUGUUUUCAUCAGCUGUUUGGACUCUCAUUCUGACGGCACCCAUUCACUGCAGAUGAACUAGUGAUGCAAUGCUACAUUUCUCUAAAUCUGACGAAGAAACAAACUCAUCUACAUCUUGGAUGGCCCGAGAUUGUGUAACGUUUCAUUUUUGUUUGAACUGUUCCAUAAGAAGUGCAACAUUUUAGGCCAUCUUAAAUUGUAAAAAAUGUUAUCUAAGUGAUGUGAGAGACAUCUGCUUAAGAAAAUUGCUGUAACAGCAGUCAUUUUUAAGAUUUUCUCACCCAGUCGAGUUUAAAUUUUGAAACAUUACAUUGAAUUUGGCCAAUGCCACUCAUAAAAGAGAUAGACUUUUUCUUUUUUGGAGCAUUUUAAAAUCCAAACCCUAGUGAGCUGCCUUCAUGUUUACUACCUAGGCAGCAUUCUAACUACAGUGGAGCCUCAGAAGUGACUCGUUUCAAAUGCUAAUCCAUGUGACACAUAAAUAGUGUUCCUUAUGUGAAGUGCACAGGAGACGAUUCUUUACAAUAGAAAUACACAGCACUUCAUUUUUAAUACGAAUGCAUUUCAAUAAGUACCAGAAGGUACUGUUAUAAUUAGGAUUUAUCUUGACUUGGAACCCCUGAAAAGGUUUUUAAUCAAGUUAAUCGAAAUUAAAUGUAAUAUUUUUGGGGUAAAAAAUACAUCUUAAAUCUUAACUCAAGUACGGUUUUGGCCAUGAAAAUAGCCUAAAAAGAAAAUACAAAAAUACCUGGCAUGGCAUUAAAAAAACUAAACCCGUAAUCUAAAAAAUUAAUAAAUAAAAUAAAAUACAUUUUUGUUAGUUGGAAUAUAAUAAAAACUGUAUUAACAUAUUGAAAAAUCUAAAUAAAAAACGACAACAAUAAAUUAUAUAAAUAUUUUUUUAUUAAAUAAAAUCAGAAAAUAUAUUUAAAAAAAAAUCUAAUUGUAAAUAUUAACACAAACUAUAAUAUUAGUCCAGUUAUAUUAAAAUAACACGGAAAACAAAGAGCUUAUCGCAGAUUGUCCGCAAAGGACAAAUGCAACUUUGCCAUAAAAUAUCUUAGGAUAUAUUUUAGAAGGGAUUCAAUACAAACAAUGUUUUUAAUUUUGGUCAUUUGUGAGCAGAAGCCAUAUUUUCAGCUCUGGUGUUUUGAGGCCUCCUUCCCAAAUGGUAACUGGUUUUGAAUGAAAUGGAAAAAGUGGCUAGUAAUGUUCUUUUUAAAAACGAGAGAUCACUGUGCUGUAGUAAGGUGCAAGCUCGUAUUUACAGUAUGUUCAGACAACAUUGCAUUAAUAAUGUCAGUAUUGUACAGUACAGUACUGGACCGGUGAACUUUUCCCCUCAUAAGAGUGUGUGGGGAAAGACCGGAUUCAUGCAACAGGAAGUGGUGUCAGUCUGAAAGUUUACCGUGGAAAAUGUUGGUCGCUGGUUUUUAGGAGAAAUUCCAGUUUUCUGUUCCGUUGUUUUCAGUUUUUGUUCCUUAAAUCAUUAUUCAUCUCUGCAUAGAAGUCUGUAUAAAAUGUCACCAGUAAUUCUGCUUAUCUUUUUUAAAAGGCAAAUGUUUAUGAUGCCUUAAAAUGCUGAAAUGUCUAUAGGUUUUGCCAUUUUUACUAAAAGAAAGCAUAAUGUCUUUGCUAUCCAAGUUGUUAAAGGCUUAUUGAAAAAGCAUUGUGAUGAGCAUUAAAUGCAUUUCAUUUAAAACUAAAAGUGUUGAUAAAAAUGACUUCAAUCUACUUUAA